AUGCCACUGGUGCACCGGCGCGGCAUCCGUUCUGCGUUCGGUGGCGCGCGGAGCGACGAGAACGGCGGGCAGCCGACCGCCGACGAGGCGUUCGACCGUGAUGCUGUCCGCCUCCGUUCUCUCUUCGCCGUGCCGCGGCAGCUGGGCGGUGUGGAGGCGGGUGGUGGUGCCCCCACACCUGCUCCGGCGGCGGCGGCGGGUGGUGGUGUGACGGUUACUCCCAUGGUGGCGCCCAUCUCGGUGGCUCCUGGCGCGCUGGAGUACCGAGUCCUCGCCGGGUACGGCGCCCCGGCGCAGCGGUUCCCCGUGGCGUUCGACACCAACUUCGGCGUCUCGGUGCUCCGGUGCAAGCCGUGCGUCGGCGGCGCGCCGUGCGACCCGGCGUUCGAGCCGUCCCGUUCGUCCUCCUUCGCCGCCAUACCGUGCGGCUCGCCGGAAUGCGCGGUAGAGUGCACGGGAGCGAGCUGCCCGUUCACUAUCCAGUUCGGGAACGUCACCGUCGCCAAUGGCACGUUGGUCAGGGACACCCUCACGCUGCCCCCGUCGGCGACCUUCGCCGGCUUCACGUUCGGAUGCAUCGAGGUCGGCGCCGACGCCGACACGUUCGACGGCGCCGUCGGGCUGAUCGACCUCAGCCGGAGCAGCCACUCGCUGGCGUCGCGAGUGAUCUCAAACGGCGCCACCACCAGCGCCGCCGCCUUCUCCUACUGCCUCCCCUCGUCGUCGGCGACGAGCUCCCGCGGCUUCCUCUCCAUCGGCGCCAGCCGGCCAGAGUACUCCGGCGGCGACAUCAAGUACGCGCCCAUGUCGAGCAACCCCAACCACCCAAACUCCUACUUCGUCGACCUCGUCGGGAUCAGCGUCGGCGGCGAGGACCUCCCCGUCCCGCCCGCCGUGUUCGCCGCCCACGGCACGCUGCUGGAGGCGGCGACGGAGUUCACCUUCCUCGCCCCGGCGGCCUACGCGGCGCUGCGCGACGCGUUCAGGAAGGACAUGGCACCCUACCCGGCGGCGCCGCCGUUCCGCGUGCUCGACACGUGCUACAACCUCACCGGGCUAGCCAGCCUCGCCGUGCCGGCCGUCGCGCUCAGGUUCGCCGGAGGAACGGAGCUGGAGCUCGACGUGCGGCAGAUGAUGUACUUCGCGGAUCCGUCGAGCGUGUUCUCCUCCGUCGCGUGCCUCGCGUUCGCCGCCGCGCCGCUCCCGGCAUUCCCGGUGUCGGUCAUCGGAACCCUGGCGCAGCGAUCGACGGAGGUGGUGUACGACCUGCGGGGCGGCAGGGUCGGGUUCAUCCCCGGGCGAUGCUGA